UUUCACGAAGAAUUUCCUAAUAGGUAAGGUUGCUUCCCUUUUCAUAUAUCUUAACACGCCGUUUUGCUGUUUAGUUAUUUCCGUUGGUUCAUUAUCUGGUUGAAUCCAUGGAGCGGAUACGUAAGAAAAAGAGCACAAAAAAAAAUCGGAAGCUUGUUGGCGUGCAUAUGCCAUCAAGGUCCUCUCCUGAACCUAAGCCUCGGACCCUAGCAAACACUAAGUUUUUUGGACAUCUUUCUUCGCCUGACAAGCUCAUUGUUCUUCUAUCUUGUCUGAACUAACUUCAAAGGAGUUGAUUUACCUUGCUGGACACUCCAUUCUCUUCAUAUUCUCACCCCUCUCCUUCGUUUUUGCACCUGCAGAGAAAUAAUUUAUCAUCUGUAUCUUCCCGCUAACUAGUCCUCAGCCCCAGGACUCUAUCAACAAUCUAGUCGGUAUAUUAAUCCGGCCAUCGCCUUAUCUUGUUGACCCUUUUUUUAUUUUUUUUUACCCCUGAGCUAUCUUGGCAUCUUCCCCUUCGAAGACACAGAGACAAUUCUCGAAGAUGUCGUUAUUACAUACAGCCUUAGACGCCGCUCUUCGUAUACGGCAGGAAGAUGGUUCUGGCGAUGCGGCCCCUGAAUCCGGCUUCACCGUCGAGGUCAACUGCGAUACUGGUAACGAAUACGACGGCCGAAUGGGGGUACGCAUAUCCUCUAUCUUUGUUAUCUUGGUUGGUUCGUUACUCGGUGCGGUCCUACCCGUCGUUUUAGCCCGCGGCUCGAAAGUCAAUGUGAAUGGAACGGCAUUCUUCAUCGCAAAGUACUUUGGCUCUGGUGUCAUUAUUGGAACGGCGUUUAUGCAUCUCCUCUCUCCAGCAUUCGAGGCCUUAAAAUCGCCUUGUCUUCCGGAUGGACCUAUCAACGACUACGACUGGGCGGCUGGAAUCUGUCUAAUGACAGUUUUCGUCAUGUUUACCAUCGAACUUCUUGCGAGCCGCUUUGACUUCUUCGGCCACAACCAUUCUGAAGCGGAUUCGACUGACCCAUCCUUGGAUAUCCUUAAGAAGGGAAGCCAGGUCUCACCGUCGCCAGUUCGAGAUCUUGAAUCAGCGAAUAAGGAAAAUGGAGCUGGUAAUGCGACUGGCGGUUUGCCUACCGAUCUUAGCUAUCCCCCUGGAGGCGAAGAUCAUCUAGGCCACCAACGCGAACAUCACGAUAACGACAGCCACUCCGCUUUCGCCGCCCAAAUGACAGCUCUUUUCAUCCUCGAAUUCGGCGUUAUAUUCCACAGUAUCUUCAUCGGCCUGACACUGGCAGUUGCUGGUGACGAAUUCACGGUUUUAUACGUCGUGCUCGUCUUCCAUCAGACAUUCGAAGGUCUGGGUCUUGGCUCGCGGUUGGCUACGGCACAGUGGCCUCGGUCUAAGGCAUGGAUGCCGUACGUAUUGGCAUUUGCCUACGCCAUCAGCACCCCGAUUGCCAUCGCCAUCGGUCUCGGAGUGCGGUCAACUCUUCAGCCGGGAAGCCCGAAGAGCCUGGUCAUCAACGGUAUAUUCGACUCUAUUAGUGCCGGCAUUCUUAUCUACACGGGUCUCGUCGAGUUACUCGCGCACGAGUUCAUGUUUAACUCUUACAUGCGCAAUGCGGGGCUAAAGGUUCAGCUCUCUGCGUUAGGGUGUGUUGCACUGGGCUGUGGGCUGAUGGCCGUGCUUGCGGAAUGGGCUUAAGAUUGGUUCGGAAGUCCGGAGGCUUCAGUCAGCGGGAGAUGAUAAAUGAAUGUAUGUAUGUAUAUUAACGACAGAUCUGCUACGCUAUGGGCUCUGGCCUUGGUGCUUUGUUACACCCUUGGCAUACUUGUUCAUACGUUUUUCCUUAAGUCGAUUGGACUUUGAAUGGGUCAUCAACAGUACACAAUGUACAUAACAUAGAAAGAUACCUAUUACCAUAUCGGUGUCUAAUUUGCUACACAUUUGCUACACAGAUAGGAAAUGUAAAAAUGGCACUCGAUCGCCAAUAAAAUUAAUGCAACACGAGAAUCAUGGAUAGAUAGCAUUUGCUACUACCAGUUGAAGCAUUACUCAAUCCGGGAGCUCUUACAGCAGGUAAUUUAUACUUAGUACCUAAACAACCUCUUUAAUAUAUCGUUUCAUCGAAUAAUCUUCA